GGACCACGGAACGCCCCCCACGUGGCUAUUGGCUGGCGUGGGCCCUGCGCCGGUGUCGAUUGGCUGGCGCGCUUUUCGUCUCACUCUUAAAAGCGGCUCCGCGGGCGGCGGCGCGCAUAGCUCUCCGCAGACAAGCGGUGGUGACAACCUGAGCUACCCCUGUAGCCGCCCGCGCUCCCCGGCACCUCUGCCUGGACCAGCCGCCCUCCUGCCCGGCGCAAGCAUGGCCAAAGUAGCCAGGGACCUCAACCCGGGAGUCCAGAAGAUGUCCCUGGGCCAGGUGCCCUCAGCCAGGGGCCCACCAUGCCUGCGAUGCCAGGGGGGCUGUGGAGGCUUCGAGCCACACUCGUGGAGGAAAAUCUGCAAGGCCUGCCGGUGCAGCCAGGAGGAACACUGCCUGGGCUCCGAGCUGGAGGACGACCGUCGCAUCGGGCGCCUGCUGAGCGACUCCAAGUAUGUCUCCCUGACCGCGCGCGUCAAGGGGGGCGACGGGGUGCGCAUCUACAAGAGAAACCGCAUGAUCAUGACCAACCCCAUCGCCACCGGCAAGGACCCCACCUUCGACACCAUCACCUACGAGUGGGCGCCGCCCGGCGUCACCCAGAAGCUGGGCCUGCAGUACAUGGAGCUGAUCCCCAAGGAGAGGCAGCCAGUCACGGGCACUGAGGGCGCCCUCUACCGCCGCCGCCAGCUGCUGCACCAGCUGCCGGUCCACGACCUGGACCCUGCACGCUGCCGCGGGCUGGUGGAGGCCGAGCUGCCACUGAUGGAGGACUUUGUUCGGCGCUACAAGAGCGAGGCCCUGGGCGUCGGGGAGGUGGCCCUGCCUGGCCAAGGCGGGCAGCCCAAGGAGGAGGGCAGGCCCCACGACAAGCCUGAGGACAAGCCUAAGGCUGGGGAGGCAGCCGCCCCGCCCACCACCAACGGCAGCCUUGGGGACCCCACCAAGGAGGGGGAAUAUGUCUGCGAGCUGUGCAGGGGCGCGGUGCCAGCCGACAGCCCGGUGGUGUAUGCCGAGCAUGCCGGAUAUGGGAAGCAGUGGCACCCAGGCUGCUUCCUGUGUGCCCAGUGCUCCGAGCCGCUGGUGGACCUAAUCUACUUCUGGAAAGACGGAGCACCAUGGUGCGGCCGCCACUACUGCCAGAGCCUGCGGCCCCGCUGUGCAGGCUGUGAUGAGAUCAUCUUCGCAGAGGACUUCCAGCGCGUGGACGAGCUGGCCUGGCACCGCAGACACUUCGUGUGCGAGGGCUGUGAGCAGGCACUGAGCGGCCGGGCCUACAUCGUCACCAAGGGCCACCUCCUGUGUCCUACCUGCAGCAAGACGGGCCGGUCCUGAGGGCAGCCCUGGACAGGGUCCCAGAGCCACCAGGAGGAGCAGACAUGGGUCCCUCAGCCAGGAGGCAGCCAGGCUCCCUGGGCGACUGGACACCCCUCCUGCCCACAGGCGAGUCUGAGCCCCGGGACGGAGUCCUCCUGCUGUCCUGCUUCCAGGACCUCUGGGUGCUCACCCACUGAGUUCACUGUUCCCCGCUGGGGUCCCAGACACCAGCUCCUGCCACCCCAUAGCCCGCGGUGGGGUCAGCGCCUCUUCUGCCAAUACAGGUCUCCAUAGAAAUCCCCCCAUGAUGCGAGAAGCAUAGCAAUAAAGUCUCGAGAAGCCCA